AGAUGUGACAGGAAGUGUUGAGUUGCUAACAGUCAGCUGAUACAGCAACAACAGAGCGUUCACGGCAGCGACGGUCAAAGAUGGCCUACCCUAAGUCCCACAACCCGUUUGCUGAUGAUGACGAUGAGGAAGACUUUAAGCCUAAAAGCAGGGGGUUCGAUGACGAUGAUGGGUUGACCGACGCAGAGCGGAGGCAGAGGUAUCUGCAGCAGGAAGUGAUGCGCACAGCUCAGUCGGCUGUGGACAGCAGUCAUCGUUCUCUCAGGCUUAUCUAUGAAUCUGAGAAGAUGGGCGUGGACACUGCAGAGGAGCUGACGCGACAGGGUGAGGUUUUGAGGAGGACAGACAAGAUGCUGGACGGCAUGGAUCAGGACCUGAAGACCAGCCAGCAGCACAUUACCAGUAUCAAGAGCGUGUGGGGUGGCAUCGUCAAUUACUUCAAGGGAAAGCCAGAGAUAAAGCCACCGCCUGAGCAACCAAAGCCCUACCAGGGCAAUGACAGACUACAGAGUGCCUUAUCCAGCAGCAGAGAACAUGAGGACAAGUACCAAGCCAGCCACCCCAACCUAAGACGGCUGGAUACAGGAGGAUUUGGAGCUUCUGCGUCGAUAGAUGACGGCCCAUCCAGACAGAAUGGAUACUCUCAGAACAGACACCUGAAGGAGGCCCACCACACCCUGGACAAAAAUCUGGAUGAAAUGUCAGAUGGCUUGAGACGACUGAAGAACCUUGGAAUUGGUCUCCAGGCUGAGAUCGAGGACCAGGACGACUCCAUUGAUUCUCUGCUGAACAAAGUCGACAAGAUGGAUCUCAAAAUCCACAACACGAACCAGCAGAUCAAGAACCUCAAAUAACACGAACACUCGGACUCGCCUUAUGUAGACACAAACCGGUCAUCCUCUCACUCGGUCCUCCAUCUUCGCCUCUGUUGAAUAAACUCCAGGCUUUUAUUUAGUUCUUUUAAAGGGUUCUUCCGCCUCAAAACAGAUUUUUUUUUUUCUUGUUUUGAAGGAAAGACUGGUUUGAAUUAUUUCAAUGCAAUGGGUCGUCUUUAUCCGUGUAUGAUCUGUUUGUUUUCAAGCUCCGCUGCAUUUCUGUUUCAAUGUCGUCAUUUGAAUUUUCAUCGGUUUUCCUCAAUAGCCAAAGAUUUAUGAUUGGCUCCGAAGUUGUUACUAUUCAAGCAAAAUAUUUUGACGUGUAAGAGAGAAUUUUUGAAUUGAUUUAUGAUUCACUAAAUAGACAAAUACUUGAUUUUUUUUGGUGCGUAUAAUUCAUUUGUCAGUGCUAACUGUGAUCCCCGGACCUGCCAUGACAUACACUAUGUACAAAGCCACAAGCAAGCAGCCGGCCGAGCUAAAGUCACUUCUGCCUUACGUGUAACGUGUGUAGAAUAGCUUUUGGAUCUGUGCCACGGUUCUGUCUCCACUGGCACAAACUCACCACGAGAUGCUUCUUCUCUUUAUUUUAUUGUCUAAAUCGUUGUUUGUACUGUGGCCACAUUCUUCAGCGCUAUCUCUAGCUUUAUGUAAAUUGUUUAUAUCGGAAAGUAUUGUACUCAAUGCUGCACAGUGGGCCUGAGUGGAUUAUUGUACACCAUAAAUAAUGUGAACAAGCUAUAAAAAUGAAGAGCUGAGUGAAGAUCUCGUUGUUCUGAUUAUUAAAGCUGUUAUAUCUCUUAUAAACACUUACAUUUUUAGAUUAAUUAAAAAAAAAAGAGAAUGUUUUUCCACCAAGUUGAUGAAAAAUAAGAAAAUACAAGAGCAGUGUCCAUGUGUUGUAAUCACAAUAAAGCACUUGUGAGGGAA